AUGACAACCUACUCCUCUCUUGGGAAGUUGGGUCAGUCCGUCGCUAGCUCAUCAAGUUCAUCGGCUUCGCCACUCCUAAAGCUGGGCCAGAUCCUCAUCGGCGAUAUCAGGCAGCUUGGAGAUUCGGUUUGGCUUGGAAGGUAUUUCUAUCUUUCCCUACUUAGAUUGAGUAAUAAUCUGGGCAUGCUUUCCUGGUGUUUACAUAUAUCUUGUUUUAUUAAAUGCACAAUUGGGCGGACUGUCGUGAUCAAAUCCGCACGCAAUGAUCUCCGCAUCACCAAUGAGAGAGAUGUCCUCAAGAAGUUCCAAUCCCGAACACAGUACCUGCGUCCGUUGAUUGAUGAAAUAGUGGAGCCUACCGACCCGCCUGCUAUUGUCUUGAGGCAUCUAGAAGAUGACCUCCUCGCCAGUUCCAACAAGGAGAAACUAACUACAAAAGAGAUCAAAUAUGUAUCAAAAAGGGUUCUAACAUCAUUGAAGCUACUGCAUGAAGAUGGAUUUGUGCACACAGAUGUCAAAAUGGACAAUGUCCUUGUUAACUUUGCCCCCUCUUCUCAGGGUGAGAGUGAGCUACGUUUUACUGACAUUCAGCUUGCUGACUUGGAGGGUACUGUCCACAUUACCUCUAAGUACUGCCAGGAAUGUGAUGGGAUUGGCACUCCAAUCUGGCGGAGCCCAGAGGCACAACUGGGACUGCAAUGGGGCCCACCAACUGACAUAUAG